AAUUCGAAGAAUUGUCUCAAGUUACGCCGAUUCUGAACAAAGAUCAUUUUGCCAGUAAAGAGAAAAAGGCUGUUGGUUACUACAAAAACAUCGCUAUAUGAAACGAAGACGUCCAGUGGGCGCUGUCAUCUUGGUUUGAGCACCACGGGUAAUCUAUACGCUAGUCACGUGACUUCUUUGUGCGAGGCUCACCGCGUGUGAGUUUAUCCUCCCUUUCUUUUCACACUCAAUUUUAUUCUCAAAAUUUUAUUGAAGAUCCCAACGGAGGAUCACCAUUUUCACCAGACACGUAGGUGAGAGCACCAUUUCGGCAUGAAAAAUUUGUGAAGAUGCAGACGUAAAGGGAAGAAGAGAAAAUCGAAAGACUGUGCAGGCACUUUGUCUGAGCAAGCAGACAGCUGAGAUAUUGUAAUGGCGGUGGUAAGCCAGAGGCACACCCGACAUAUGAUGGCUUUUCAUGGUUCUGGGGCACCUCAACACGCUAUCCUUGCAGCAGCAACAGUACCCUACUACCAGACAGUGAUUCCAGCCCAAGAUGUGCAGCCAGACCGGCCGAUAGGAUAUGGAGCUUUUGGAGUUGUAUGGUCUGUAACAGAUCCCAGAGAUGGCAAGCGUGUUGCUCUGAAAAAAAUGCCAAAUGUCUUCCAGAAUCUUAUUUCUGCCAAGCGUGUUUACAGGGAGCUUAAGAUGUUGUGUAUGUUCAAGCAUGAAAAUGUGUUGUCUGCACUAGAUAUUCUGCAGCCUCCACACAUAGAUUUUUUCGAAGAAAUUUAUGUGGUAACAGAGUUGAUGCAAAGUGACCUGCACAAGAUCAUCGUUUCUCCACAACCUCUUACUUCCGACCAUGUCAAAGUCUUCUUAUAUCAAAUACUCAGAGGUGUGAAAUAUCUCCACUGCGCCAGAAUACUACAUCGAGACAUUAAGCCUGGAAACCUGCUUGUAAAUAGCAACUGUGUCCUUAAGAUCUGUGAUUUUGGGCUUGCUAGAGUGGAAGAGCCAGAUGAGACCAUCCAUUUGACUCAGGAAGUGGUCACACAGUAUUACAGGGCUCCAGAGAUACUGAUGGGGGCCACACACUAUUCCUCAGCUGUUGAUAUCUGGUCGGUGGGCUGCAUCUUUGCAGAACUGCUGGGAAGGAGGAUAUUAUUUCAAGCUCAAAGUCCAAUUCAGCAGUUGGACCUCAUAACUGAUCUCCUAGGUACACCCCCAUUAGACGACAUGCGUACAGCAUGUCAGGGGGCAAAAGCUCACAUGCUACGACAACCACCCAAACCUCCGUCUCUCACUGCACUUUAUACAUUGUCCAGUCAAGCUACACACGAGGCUGUCCACCUGUUGUCCAGGAUGCUUGUGUUUAAUCCUGAAAAGAGGAUCAGUGCCACAGAUGCCUUAGCACAUCCUUACUUGGAAGAAGGCCGUCUUCGUUAUCAUUCAUGUAUGUGCAAGUGCUGCCAUAACAUCCCUGCUGGAAGGCAGUACACUGUGGAUUUUGAACCAGUGUGCUUGCAUCCUUUCAGCUAUGCUUUUGAGGACGAGCUUACAUCUACACAUCGUGUAAAAGACAAACUACACAAGUUUAUUCUUGAGCAGCAACAGGGCAAUCGUGUUCCAUUAUGCAUCAACCCUAACUCUGUGGCCUUCAAGAGCUUUGCUAGGUGAGCCACACUCACUGAGGAGUAGUGCAUUAGACAAUUCAUCAGUUGCCCAUCCAUCUGAAUUGCCACCAUCGCCUCACGUGUGGGACUGAGAGAUUCCAUCAUCCCUGUGCAUAAUCUGUGCCAUUCUAACCGCAGGAGUUUGUGUGCCUGUGAGCAAUGGACCUACUUCAGCUGUCCAAGUGUUUUUUUACCAACAUUAUUUUCAAUUUGAAGGAUCAAGGCUCAAUGAUAUUUAAAAGUUCCCAGACAACUUUUGGUUUUGUAUUCAUUUUAUUGCUAAUUUGAUGGAUUUUGUGCAUUUUGUGAUGUUGUCAUAAUGAAUGGAAGCUGGACACAUAGUGCGCCUUGUAAUAAUCAUAGUUUUACAGAAUCCACUAAGCACCGUUUGUGGUGCAACAAGAAAGGUGGGGAAAGCUCUUGUGAAAUUUCCUCUACCUAGUUUUGAUGGUCAAAGUUGAGGCCAUGAUGAUAGUUGUUUAUCACUAGUUAAAAGUUGGUGAAGGGUAAAAUGGAUGACCAUUACCAUUUAGCUGGUUUCUCUAAUGUAUCUCUAUGUGAUUGUGUGUAUGUAUGUAUGUAUGUUUGUGCAGCCUGAAAAAGAUAGUUGUAAGUAGAUGUAAAUACUGAGAAUCUAUCCAAGGGCACUUUUUCGCUGGAACAGAAUACCUCCCAAAAAAGAAGUGCGAAAAUAGAAUAUAAUUAAAGGCAAUGCAAAGACUGGUUAUAAUGUACAAAUACUGCACAUCUAUAUUCUUCAGGCACACACUAUUAUUUUAAGUUAUUACUGUAUUAAAGAACAAUAUUGAAAACUGUGCUGUCAGUAACUUGCCAUACAGGACUUUGGGGCAAAGGCAAUAUUAAAACUUGUCAUGUGUAAACAGCACAAUGAAACCUCUUAAUUAAACUAAUUCACUGUUGGAUGACAGCAUUUUACAUUUUAGUAUCUUGAUAAGAACAGUUUGUGUUUUUUUAUGUAUAUCUCUUAGAUGUUUGUGACCAGAUGCACUUAAUCUAGUUCUUUGCACUGGCCAGUCUUAUAUUGAACCAAAGCAGAGUUUAUUCUACCAUGUACAUAGAUUUUUGUCAGGGAGGAAGAGGGAGAAAGUGACAACUUUUUAAAUCCUUUUUGUGUAAGUCCUGUAUUGUGAAACUUGUGUAACUUUUGACCUAUAAUGUGUCAUCACAGAAAAUAUGUGUUGAGGUUGUUUAUAUAAACUUUUCAAUCAUUCCAACAAAUUGGAUCAAAAGACAAACGAUACCAUGGUGCUUUCCUAUGCAAAAAUAGAACUAAUGUAGUAAAACAUCCACAUCUGUACCUCCCAAAGGGGUACUGAACAAUCUCAAGGACAGGGUGAAAAUAUGUAAGUUUUAUAUACAUCAUAUCAGCUCUUCCAUAUUUUACCUUCCUAGUUUGAGUGGUGCACUUGAGAAACAUUUGCAGUUUUAGGCUUUGUCCUCCUAAGUACUACACCCAACUGCUGAGAGAUCUCCAUGGUCUUGAAGAAAUCAAUCAUAUUUUUUAUGGUCCAGUGCAAUUUUUAAAGCUGUUGACUUUGUUAACUUGCACGGUGGUCAAAUCCUCAUAAUUAUACAGAUCACUAUCCAGUUAAUAGACUGUGUCAUUUUAGAUAAGUGGCUGGAUAAUCAUGUCAACUUUCUCUCUUUGUUAAUUGUGGCAUUUGAAGUUCAUAAUUAAUUUGUUGUAACCCUCAUGACUUUGUGCUUUCACAUGUUUGAGAUUUAGUGGAGGCUGGUUACACUGAAACUUUCCAGUGGUGCAUCAUAAAUGAAGGCAAUUAUUGACCAAAAACUUAACGAAGAUCUCAUUUUUGGCUUCCAUUAUCAAGCCGACAUUAUGUCUUAAAUAAGCUGCUGCAUUAUCACUUACAUCAGCUUUACUUGUAUUUUGUCAUUGUUGUGUUAAAAAGUUUAAGAUGUUUUUGCCAUUUUGUAUCUUUAAUUUACAAGUAAAUAUGUCAUCUCCAGUAUUCAAACACAGCGAUGCAAUCUCAGUACCUGUAUACUGCAAUGCAAAUGUUAUAAACAGGGUAUAAACUCAAACAUUUGAUACUUCUUAAGGAGAAAAAAUUCUCCAUGUGGUUUGAAUACCGUGCAAUACAAUCUAGAAAUGAGAAGAAAUUCUAUCUAGUAAAAGUGGACUUUGUGUUGCUUUGAGGAGUUGUGGAUAUUGCUGCCACCUGUUGGCAAGCAUUUUAAACCAGUUGAGGAUUAUGCAAUAUUUUAGAAUCUUGCUGUAAAUCCAAGUAAGACCAAGAGAUGUUUGAAGAAAUAGCAUAUCUUUAAAUAUUAGUCUCGUAGGUCCAAUUGACUUUGUGUGUAUAUAUCAAUCUUGAGCUUACAGUUUAUGGGAGUGUAGUAUUUUUUGCAUUAUCAUGUGAUUGUGCAAUGGGAAAAUAACCAGUCACUGUGUGUGUUUUAGCUAAAGGGUUGCCUCAUUUUUAUUAGGAAGUUUCAGCUGAGCAGUAAGGAUGUUGCCAGGAAAUGGCAGAGCCCUCUGUCUCCUUAGAUAUUUUAAGCCAGACUUGUUAGUAAUAUGAACUAAGUGUUCUGUGCACCUCUUUAGGGUGUUUAAGCAGUUUGCUUAAACAAAAAUAGUGUCUUAAAUUUAAUGAUGUCACAAAUUAUAUGACAUCUGUUAUGCCACUUAUAUUAUUAUAGAAAUAUAUACUGGUAUUGCACCUUAGAUAGUUAUCACAGUAUUGUUUGGUGUAAGGGGUUUGAGUGCAUAGCGCAUAUUUGUAGAUGUCAGACAGUUGGACAUCUCAAGAUGGCAAGGCUAGUAUCAAUAUAUUCCGGUACUUCUUGAAAGCGAAAAUGUUGAUAAGAGGGAUGAUAAACUUAUUAGAAAGGAUUGUAAAUUAAUGAAGUUUCCCAUUCAAUAGAAACUCAUUCCACAGUCAUCUCUAAGCAAUUACAUUGUUAUCAAACUGGUUGUUUCUACAUAUACUUCACUUAAACAAAAAAUCACAUCCUUUAUUAUAAUUAUUAUGGAGCAAUUUCCCAAUCUUUCCAAAAUCGUAUUUGUAAGAAUUCUAACAAGUUGACCAAAUUAAGUAAUGUUUAAUCCAAAUUCAUCGGAGCUUACAAAAACAUCAAUGUAAAUAGAUCAUUGCCAUCUCAAGGAUUGUUUUAUUUAUUUCAGUAAAAGAGAGAUGUGUAGAAUAUUGUAUAGUGCAUGUUUCAUAUUUACGGAGAUCUGGGGAAGUGUUUCUACAAGUCUAGUAGCACAUAGUUGACAAUAAUUAUAUAUGCUGUUGUCAGAGGGUUAGUUGGCAAUUAAAUAUCUAUUCUGUUGUCAAAAGUGAUCAAUGUCUAGAUGAGUUACUAGUCAAAAUGUCCAAUUUCAGACCCCAUGUGUUGUGAUCACUUCAUGCUCUUUGGUUUGGUGGAGAUAGAAAACUGACCUUUAUGUACAAAUUAUAAAAAAAUGAAAUCCAAUAAAAACAUGAAACUUUUAUGUC